AUCGCAUUGGUCGUGAUAUAUCUUGGAGUCGAAUUUCAUUCGGCUAUCUAGUAAAUUUGCUCACUUUUAUAAUUUUCACUCAAUAGUGUGAUCGACGAAUCGACCCCAUUUGUUUGGCCGGUCGUUUGCAUAUGUUCGCAUACCGUGAUAUCAAGCGGGCAAGCGGGCUAUCCAGGUCUUUCACGACGAUUCGCAGACUGCGGUGGGUGUGCGGCGUGCGGUGUGCGCUGUUCUUGCUUUUCGAAACGAAGGUAUAAAAAGUGAUUAGAAAUUGAUGAAAUAAGUAAAUGUUUAGCGCGUUUUUGCAAAUUAUCAAUUUUUCAAUCGACAAAUUGGAAGGAGCGAGGCGAGAAUAUAUCUCGCGUUUCAUGCGACAAUUUUGCACGAUGAUUGUGAUCGACGGAAAGAGAGAAAGCGAGAGUUAGGUUAGAUUUUGCUUCCGUAACGGUAUUGUAGUAGAUUGUACGGUAAUAAUGAAUAAUCCAGAGAAACCUGCCGAGCUCGUAGAGUCAUCUGUCAAAGCUACAAAGGGCAAGCUGAAGAGACGAUCAGCUUCUUCUUCCAGUACCGACUCUGAGAAAAAUAAGAAGAGACGAAACAUAUGCAGUAAGGACAAGAGGAAAAAGUCAAAGCGUAGAAGUAGUUCCAAUAGUUCCAGUUCUUCUAGCGCUUCGAGUCCAGAGAGAAGUGUACAUAAAGAAAGAAGGGAUAAAGAUGAGGAUAUGGAGUACAAAACUAAAAGAUACGAAAAUGGUAUGGAUUCGCAGAGAAGAUUUGGUGGCAAGUAUGGUAAUAAUCAGAGAUGGUAUAACAAGAGACGGUAUAACAAUCACGUUCCGUAUAAUCAAAAAGAUUAUGGUUAUUUUAAUUCACGCCCUUAUAGGCGUCAGAAUUAUUAUGAUAGAAAUAGAAGGGACACGUAUAACAAUUAUUAUAAUAGACACAACAACAGAAAUUACGAAAGAACAUCUAGUUACGGCAGAUCAAGAUUACAAGAUUAUUAUAAAAGUACCGGUAGAAAUGCAACUAGUCAGUCUGUACGAGAAGACAGUUCAAAAGAGCGAAUGAAUCAAUCGAGAGCUACCUUAAUGACGGAAAGUCUCGAUUCGAUAAAAGAUAAUACGGAAAUAAUUGAACAAGCGAAAGAAAGAGAAAAGAAAAAAGGAAUUUCGCGCGACAAGAGUCAGCCAAGUCGUAAAAAAUUGAAAAGAAAGAGAUCUUUGUCUACUUCUAGCUCCUCCAGUAUCAGUAGUAGUAGUAGCAGUAGUAGCAACAGUAGCAGUAGCAGCUCCAGUAGCAGCAGCAGCAGCAGCGGCGGCGGCGGCGACAUUACUGGCAGUAGUAGCAGCAGCAGUACCGAUAGCUCGGAAGAUGAAAGAAAGCAAAAGAAAGCUAAGAAGAAAGCUAAAAAAUUAAAGAAGGCUAUGAAAAAGCGGAAGAAGAAACGGAUGAAGAAGAAAUUAAAGAAGAAGCUGAAAAAAUCUACAUCUAAGAAAAAGGGACAUAGUAAGAAAAAAUCUAAAGAGAAUAAAGAGAUUCAAGGAUCCGGUAAAAGGGAGAGUACAAAGGAAGUUGUACCCGAAGUAAUGGAAAAAGCAAAGGCUAUGGCGCCUAUGACAAAGGAGGAAUGGGAAAAGAGGCAGAAUAUGAUUCGCAGAAUUUAUGACCAAGAAACUGGAAGAUACAGAUUAAUCAAAGGGGAUGGAGAAGUGUUGGAGGAAAUUGUUAGCCGGGAUCGUCAUAAGGAAAUUAACAAACAAGCAACCAAAGGAGACGGCGAGUACUUUCAAGCACACUUAAAGAUGAAGGCUCUGUGAG